AUGCCACUCAGAUAUUGCGUCUAUCCUGGUUGCAGCAGGCCUGCGGAGCGUGGAAGCGGCGAUUGCAUGAUCUGCUCUGGUCACUGUUGUUUGAAACAUUUGACGCCCGAAUUUCAUACAUGUCCAUCCGAGAACAAUGACCCUGAUGCUUUCUUCACGGCAUACGACUCUGCAAAACAGAAUCAUUUACAGGCGUUACUUGACAAAGUCGACUUCGAUGCUCUCAUAUCUAUCGCAACUCGUCUCCACAAUCAUAUCCCAUGCCACAUACCCGCUUUGCUGGACAAUUCUGUAAAGGCAGCACCAGAUGCCAAGUCAGAGCGGAUCUUGAAUCAAACCGGCGGUCAGAAUUGCAACCUCGACAUCUGCUUCGAUGGUGGCGUUGUCUGGAUAGCACGGCUACGAUUUGAAGAAUCCACCGUCCUGCCUCAAGAUGCGCAAAUGACCAUCUCCACGAGCGAAGUGGAAACACUCAAGUUUCUUGCACAAACCAACAUAAGGGUCCCAAAAGUUUUCCACCAUUCUUUUGACAACAUUGAGAUCGGUACCCCAUUCGUGCUUAUGGAGAAGCUUCCCGGCAAGCCACUAGAUUGGUAUAAUGCUUCGGCCCAGCAAAAGACGAAAGUCAUGGAACAGCUUGCAGACGUGUUUCUUGAACUCGAGAAGUGCCCGUUCCUAGAGACCGGAUCACUCUCUCAAGGUGGAUUGGUCGGACCAUUCGCCCAAGGCCAUCUUUUCGUGUCUCCUGCGAAUCCACUCGGACCGUUUUCUACCUUGGAGGAGUCGCUCACCUCGAUCUUGAAGCACGAGCUGGACAUGAUUGUAGAUGGUGAACUAGCCACGCUCGCUACUGAAAACUACUUGACUCAUCUCUGGAGGCUAGAGCAUCUACCCAGUCUCUUGGCAAGUGCGGCAGGCGAUAAAUUCUACUUGAAACAUGGCGAAGAUAAGGGCGACCACAUUCUCGUCGAUCAAGAUUACAACAUCACCGGCAUCAUCGACUGGGAAUUCGCAACAAUCGAAACCAAGAAGUCGGCAUUCAGUUCACCAUGCAUGAUGUGGCCCGUCUUAGAGUAUUACGAUGGCAGCAACGAAUUAUCACAAGAGGAGCGUGAGUUUGCACAAAUCUUCAACACUCGCGGACGACAGGAUAUGGCGCAGAUGAUUCUGCAAGGCCGCAAGUGGCAGAGAUUCCUUUUCUUCCUCGGUCCCACUGGUACACACCACUGCGAAGACUUUGGUAACUUGUUCCAAGGUUUGCGAAGGACCUUCGAGGGGGAAACCAUCGGAUCAUACUCACAGUGGAUACGUCUCUCCAGCGAGGCCAAUGCGGUCUCACUCGAGGCUCUUCAGAACAGUUCAGGCUCAUGA